AUGGAAGUUUCGACCACUUUUUGUCCAGAAUUUGUCCCGGAAUAUUACGGGAAUUUUAAUGAAAAUCCAGAAUUUAGCCAAACCCGUCUGGUCAGUCUACUCCCGGAGCAGAUGAUGAAAGAGGUGGACCCACAGGCUCGCAUGCUUUUGGAGGUGGUCUACGAAGCCAUCAUCGAUUCUGGUGUGAACCCAUUGGAGCUGCGUGGGAGUAGGACAGGUGUGUACGUGGGAGUGUCCAUCUACUCCAAGUCGGACGGCUAUCCGGCCGAUAUACAGCCCGAUCAGCGCAAGAGUCUUCAGGAAGUGAUGUUACAAGUGAUCGGUAAUAUGAAGAGCUUCUACGCCAGCCGUAUAUCCUAUGUGUUUGACUUUUCGGGUCCGUCACUCAUUGUGGACACCGCCUGUUCGGCCAGCGGUAGUGCCAUGGCUUUGGCCGUCAAUGACAUGAGACUCGGUCAUAUCGACAACGCUGUGGUCGCCGGCACUCACAUGACAUUCGAGCCGUACGUAUUGCAGUUUCAGCAGGAGUUGGGGGUGUGUUCGCCGCGGGGGGUGUCGGCGGUGUUGGACCAGGAGGCGGACGGAUUCAUUAAGGGUGAGGCCGUGUGCUGUGCUUUCCUACAGCUCAGGGCGAACGCGCGGCGAGUGUACGCCACCGUACGGUCGGCCCGUAUGAAUAUGGACGGCAAUAAGACCACUGGCAUGUAUUUCCCGUCGGCUGUCGCUCAGGAAGCCCUUAUGGUGGAGGCCUAUACGGAGGCCGGUGUCCAUCCGUUAGACUUAACGUACUUCGAGGCUCACUGUACCGGCACUAAGGCGGGCGAUCCGCAAGAGAUCAAAGCUAUCUAUAACGCCUAUGUGAAGGCUCCGGGACGGACUCAACCCUUGCUGUUGGGAGCGUUGAAGAGUAAUAUCGGGCACACGGAGGCCGGUUCAGGGGUGGCCGCACUCAUUAAAGUGUGUAUUGUCUACGAGAAUGAAUGCAUUCCUCCCAACCUUAAUAUGAAACAACUGAAGGAUGAGUGCGUUCCUUAUUGUCCGCCAUUAGUACCUGUAGUAACGCCCACACCCUAUAAACCAGGGUUGGCUGCGGUGAACAACUUUGGUAUCGGCGGUGCGAACGCACACGUAUUGCUCGAACCGAACCAUAAGUUGGGAACGAGUGAUAGCUUUCUAAUCGCGGAAACGAUUCCCAGAAUUGUAAACAUUUGCGGCCGAACUGAAGAUGCGGUCAAAUAUGUGAUGGAUUUCAUACAAAACAACCCAAAGAGAGUGACGAAUGACUUUUUGGCACUUUUGGCACAGACUAUGAAAUACACGCCUAAUGUUAACUCAUCGGGAAUGCCGUUCAGAGGUUCACUUAUAAUAAAGAAAGUUUUGAAAGAAAACAAUGAAAUAAAAUACGAAUACAAGAGACAAAUAGGAGUAAUGAAAGGCAAGAGUGCUCGCCCUCUAUGGCUACUGUUCCCGGGUUUGGGCGGACAAUGGCCUGCAAUGGCUGCAGCUUUGAUGCCAAUCAAGAUAUUCGCCGAUAAAGUGGAAGAAUGCCAUCAAAUACUACACGAAUUCGGUGUCGAUUUGAAACACAUGUUGUUAUCAGAAGACAAGACAUCG